AUGUGAUUGGAGCAUCCCGCGACCACGGUGUCUACGUGCCUGGUUCGAUUUAACCAAGUGCUAAACGGUCUCGAGGUCAACCUCUGAGGCAACGAAGGAGCUUCAGGCAAGUUUAGGACAAGUCUAGAGGUCAUAGCCCUUCCGCAUCGGCAAGUGUAAAAGGUGUAAAAAUGGUUCGUUCCGUUAUACGACCCUUUUGGGCCGCAGUGAUCGUACUACUCGCCGUCUGUAUCGGAGGUUCUCAUCAGCAACAAUGUACGACCCCGACAAGGUUGCGCGGACGCUGCAUCUCCAUCUACGAGUGCGAGAGUAUACUGAACUUCUUCAAGGACCGUCUGCUCACCUGGGAGGAGCGUGACUUUCUUCAGCGCUCGCAAUGUUCCGGGGCAACCUCUGGCCGCGCACCGUACGUGUGCUGCCCAGGCAAUGGCGCGAGCCCGGUAGUGGCACCGACGGGCGCACCGGCAGCCACGGUCCGCCCAAAUACGGCUGCUCCGGCAAAUGACGUCUCACAGCAGCUAGCUGGUGGAUUGUUGCCAAAUCCGAAGAAAAACGAAUGCGGCACCAGUAUCGGUAUUCGCAUCUACGGCGGGGAGAAUGCAGAUAUCGACGAGUUUCCCUGGUUGGCGAUGUUGCAGUAUGAAAAUAGGAAGCUGGAGCGCAAGUAUAGCUGCGGUGGAUCGCUUAUCAACCAGCGCUACGUUAUCACCGCUGCGCACUGCGUGAUCGGAGAGGUGGAACGUAAGGAGGGUAAACUCGUCGGAGUGCGGUUGGGAGAGUACAACACCAACACGGAGAUUGACUGUGUGCAGGAAGAUCAGGAGCAGAUCUGUGCCGAUCCACCGAUCGAUGCCGGAGUUGAGAGCUCUCUUCCUCACCCGCAGUACGACGAAGCGUCACAUGCUAACGACAUCGCCCUCGUGCGUCUCGCGCAGACCAUCCAGUAUACGGAUUUCGUGAAACCGGUUUGCCUGCCCCUGACGGACUUCCGUGCGUCGAACGAGGGCGAAGUGAACUACGUCACAGGCUUUGGGCGCACACUGAAAGGUAGUCGCAGCGUAAUCAAGCAAAAACUGGGCAUCAAGGUGUACAACCAUGAGCGCUGCAGGGAGAAGUAUGCGACGAAGAACGCGGUGAUUACGGCGAACCAGCUCUGCGCCGGUGGUGAGUUUGCCAAGGAUUCCUGCCACGGUGACUCUGGCGGCCCGCUGAUGAAGCUGCAGAAGGUCUGGUUCCUGGAGGGUGUCGUAUCGUAUGGCAACCGGUGUGGUCUCGAGGACUGGCCUGGAAUCUACACGCACGUGCCGGCCUAUAUGGAUUGGGUGCGGAGCAGCAUUAGAGCGUGAUACGGCUAACGUGACAGCGCAUGGUGUUUUUAGACAAUACUCGUCCACGAAUUUUCGUGGACCUUUUUUUAAGUUACGAAGUACAUAGUACGAAACACCGUAAAGAACUAUCGAAUGACGAACAAACUUUGUUUGCAUAAGCAAAAUAUAUAAUCUAAAUAGUUAAAAAAAAAAUCUUUUAUAUCGUGUUUGUUUCGAUAUUCGCUUCGUGUUUUUUAUGAUUGUAAAGAAUCCGUCACAACAUUGUAGGAAAGAUGUGAAUAUUACUCGAUGGCUAAACAAUUGCAAACAAUGCCUGAUUAGGCGCUUAAUCACGGGUGCAAUCACCAUAUUAUGCGCUAUUUAAUACAUUAUUCAUAGCAUUGUUCAUAGCUUCAUACUGGACAAUCACGACAAGAAGGGUUAUUUCCGCCGGGUCGAUUCGUAAUUGUCAUCAGAUAACCUUUCUAGAGUUACGCAGAUCAAUUAACAUUUAUGCAGUCAGUUAAAGGGU